CGGCUAGCUGGAGAGCAGCAACUCGUUUCUGCGCUCACGCGAGUUGUUUUUCGCGCUUUGAGUCGUUUCUUGCCUCGCCGCUAGGCCGAUUCGCGCGCUUUGGCUGUUCCGUGGCUAUUAGGAGUUAUUUGAGGGUUUAUGCUCUAAAUGUGAAAUUGAUUGGCUCGUCUUUCUGUGGAUUAACAGUAGGACCAGAAACUAGGCCUCGCUGCGCGUCACCGAUACGCGCUCGCGCCGCGCUUCUGCCGCGAGCGCGCAAGAGACUUCCACUUUUGUUUUUUUUUAUCCGUUGUUUUAAUAUGAGUCGAGGGACGCGAGAAGCAGCAAAUCCUCGUGGAUUUAACCUCGUGAAUUAGCGUUUGCGACGUUGGAGAGUAAGCCGUUUUCGCGAGGCGGUUAUUAAAACGUCAACUUCAGUCGCGCGUGCGCAUGCUAAUAAGCGCCUGACAUGUUUAGCUAACGGUCUUUCGCGAUUUUAAUGCAUUUAAAUACACACAACUCAUCCAAAGUUACGAGACGAACGUAAAACGCAUACUUUAUGUCAAAUAUAAUGUGACGUGCGUGCAAACAGUGCACGUGUAUAUCAAAAAAACUUAGUUGAGAUUGAUAUUUAUUUUAUCUGGAUUGUUUUUGUUGGUUUGUUUACGUUUUUAGUGGCUGUUGGGGCAGAUACCCGUUUUUUGUGCAAACAGCAAUUACGUUUUUUUUAGAAUCAGAAUCAAAAUUAUUACCAAGUAAUGAAAGAUGGAUCAAGGAGGACUCAAGAACGGCGCCAAGAGAGAUGAUCAUUUGAACACACUGGAUUACAGCAACAGCCCAGUCGAGGGAAUUUUACGAAGUGGAAUACAAAGCGCCAUGUCCGUCGCGCCCACCUCGCUGGUUCCUCAGCCCAGUCCACUGAUGCAGCCGGUUUCCGGGGACCUUCCCAAUGGCCUGAGCAACUCGCCCACUCUGGAGGUGCACACCACCUCCAUGUCCUCCACCCUUGGCUUGUUCGGCGAAGAUCCAGAGCUCAAAGUGGUUGGGAAGGAGCAGAGGUCUCAGCAACACCAGACCCUGGGAGCUUUCACUUUGGGAGACAGCUUCUCUGGUCUGGAGGCCAGCAUCGCGGACCUCAACAGCGCCUCCCCUUCGGUGGACUCCCUGAUCGGUGGAGUCGACCCCAAUCUCUUUCAUUUAAAAACAGAGGACUUUUCACCCAUGGAUAAAGGCGAUAUGGACCUUGACCAAGAUUCCUUCGGGCCCAUCGGGAAAGAUGUUGACGUCGGCAAUCAUAAGCUCUUUAGUGACAACACUCUUGACCUCCUGCAGGACUUCGAGUUGGACGGAUCUCCUUCCGAUUUCUACGUGACGGAUGACGCCUUCCUCUCCACCAUAGGCGAAGAUGCUCUGCUCGGAGAGCUGCCGACUAAUACGGAGAGGGACUCGAAGGCUGCGGUCAAUGGCUCGACCGCCGCUUCCAGCCCCUCCAGCGUCAGCACGGCCUCCACCAGCUUGCCCGCCGUGAAGGUGGAGAAGGACUCCAUAAUCCAGCUGUGCACUCCUGGGGUCAUCAAACAGGAGAACAACGGUGGGACUAACUACUGUCAGGCGAGUCUGCACAGCACGCCCAUUAACAUUUGCGGUGUCACCACAUCGAGUGGACAGAGCUUCCUGUUUGGGACCGGCCCUUCCGCAGCUGCUGUCGGUCAGCAGAAAGAUCAGAAGCCCAUCUUUAACCUGUACACCCCCGUGACCUCUUCGGAAGGCGGCUGGGGCAGGGGCCAGGGCUUUGGGAACGCCGGCGAAUGCUUUUCUAAAAACUACGCAAGCCCAUAUGCCAGACCUGAAGACAGCACUGCCACAUCCCCGGCUGGCGGGAAGUCCGGCACGCACAAGAGCUGUCUCGUGUGCUCAGAUGAAGCUUCAGGCUGCCAUUACGGAGUCCUCACCUGCGGAAGCUGUAAAGUCUUCUUUAAGAGAGCAGUGGAAGGGCAACACAAUUACCUGUGCGCUGGACGAAAUGAUUGCAUCAUCGACAAAAUCCGCCGGAAGAACUGCCCUGCCUGUCGUUACCGCAAAUGCCUAAUGGCAGGCAUGAACCUAGAGGCCCGUAAAACCAAGAAGCGUCAAACCACCGGCAAGGUGAUCCAGCAGCCGUCGAUUCCAGAGCGCAGUCUUCCUCCGCUGCCCGAAAUACAGGCGCUGGUGCACAAACCCAUGCCUCAGGUGGUGCCCACCAUGCUGUCGCUGCUAAAGGCCAUCGAGCCGGACACCAUCUACGCCGGGUACGACAGCACCAUACCGGACACCUCCACCCGCCUCAUGACCACUCUGAACAGGCUGGGCGGCCGGCAGGUCAUCUCUGCGGUCAAAUGGGCCAAAGCUCUGCCAGGUUUCCGGAACCUUCACCUGGAUGAUCAGAUGACCCUCCUGCAGUGUUCCUGGCUGUUCCUCAUGUCCUUCAGUCUAGGCUGGAGGUCGUACCAGCAGUGUAAUGGAAACAUGCUGUGUUUCGCACCAGACCUGGUCAUCAAUGAAGAGAGAAUGAGGUUGCCCUACAUGACUGAUCAGUGUGAACAGAUGCUGAAGAUCUCCAAUGAGUUUGUGAGACUGCAAGUGUCCAACGAGGAGUACCUGUGCAUGAAGGUCCUCCUGCUCCUGAGCACAGUGCCGAAGGAUGGGUUGAAGAGCCAGUCGGUGUUCGAGGAGCUACGGAUGUCUUACAUAAAAGAACUGGGCAAGGCCAUCGUGAAGAGAGAGGAGAACUCCAGCAAGAACUGGCAACGAUUCUAUCAGCUGACUAAGCUACUGGACUCCAUGCACGACAUGGUGGGCGGACUCCUGAACUUCUGUUUCUACACCUUUGUGAAUAAAUCCCUCAGCGUGGAGUUCCCCGAAAUGCUGGCGGAGAUCAUCAGCAACCAGUUACCAAAAUUCAAAGCCGGGAGCGUCAAGUCGCUGCUCUUUCACCAGAAGUGAAGCUCCUCCCAGCAGCAGGACACCAUGCCUUAAACGUCCGCCACCGUCCCCUCUCUCCCACUCCACCGGGACCGCAGAGGGAGGCGUGAGAGAGAGAGAGACUGUACACAACCCAGCACAGGACUCGAUGACCGACCACGAAGGAAGAGACGGGUAAUAAGAGGUUCCGGAACAAACUAACAAACGGCCGAACUGUUGAAAAGAGGGAGAGGUCAUCCCAUACAUGUCGUCUCAGGUGUUUGACUCCCAGCAUCAACCGUUAUUAGAAGAAGAAAGCUAAUCAUCCGAGGUCACCUACUUUGUAGAGUUGCACACGUCUCUUAUUUUUUAUUUUUAUUUUUCCGGAACAGACGCAGCACUUAACACAGUCCAGUACGUGCGGAUUAUAUCUACUUUUUAACGACGAUAACAGAUCGAAAUAAUCAUUUCAAUAACAAGUAGAGAUAACGGCUUCAGCUUGGUUCGAAACGAAAUACGUUUUUUGUAAGACAUCGUAUCAUAUCACCGUUUUAAAACGACUCGUUAACGGAGUUAAAUAUAUAUAUAUACAGAAAAAGGGAAAAUAUGUGCCUUUUUAUUUUUUAUUUUGGCUUCUUUCCUUUUUUUUAAGCCGACCUGUCCGCACCAGACAUCUGGCACUUCUUCUUCAUAGUUGAUUGUACUUUUAUACCCACUUGCACUUGUAAGGUUAAAAACGGCCAUUUUUUUGUUGUUGUUUUUGGGGGGCAGCUCUGUAAUCAUUAGCGUUAACUUCAGAAAAAAAGUGAUCCUUAUCAUUUUACGCUGAUAUCAGAUAUCGGGAAAUGCAAAUCGAGCACUUUCACUCCUCGCAAACGCUUUAAAGGGGCUGCUUUAGGUUCUGCUCUUGUAUUUGUGUUUAAGAAAGCCAUUUAUUAUCAUUAAUUUCACCUGUUCGGUUCAUAUAGGAAUUAUGCAAUGUGAAACAAGAACUUGUUUUGUCCGUUUCAUUUUUAUGCGUGUCGUAUUUGUUCCUUAGAAAUACAACCAAAACGACGGAUUACAGUACCUACAGCGUUCUUAUUGUCAGAAUACAGUACAAUCACACUUAGCUACACCAAACAUCAACUCAGGCCCGCUUCAUUGAUUUGUGCAGAUCCUGUAAGGCAAGCAUACGUAUGUAUUUUUUUCCGUUUUGUAAUCAGGUCCAGACUAAUCCGUAAUAAACUAACCUUGACCUGGCGGUCGGGUUAAACAGGCGAACUGUGUCUCAGGCGCAGGGUUUUAACUCUCUGGGAAUUUCUACUCAUCUGUAUCGUUGCAAUAUAUUAUUUCUGUGCCAAACGUAUAUUGCUUUCAAUUUGUACAAUCUAAAACUGUGCUCGUCUUAACAGUUGUCAAAGGUAUAUAUGUGUGUAUAUAUAUAUUCAAGAGAGGGACAAAGAGAGGCUCCGAAUAUUUUACGGCUUAAUACAUCUUGUUUAAUACACAACUAAAAGCUCUCCAGCUUCAGACUGCUUAGCGUUCUGUGGGACGGAUUUAGCCAUCGACACUUGUUUUCAAAUUCGAUAUCCGAGCAGCACUUUUCACUAUGCUCUUCCGUUCCUAGAUAUAUAUGAUACAGAUAAACAGAUGUAUUUACAUGAACUUUUUUGCAACGUGUCUAAUAAAACGUUCUCUUAGA